GGGGAGGAAGUGACGGAAGCCCGGAGCGGCGGUGAGAGAGGAGGCCGCGCUGAGGCGGGAGCGGGCGGCGGCGCCAGUGGUUGUGUGCCAGAAAGAUGGCUACAGACUGGCUUGGGAGCAUUGUGUCUAUUAACUGUGGAGAAAGCUUGGGAGUCUACCAAGGACGAGUGUCUGCUGUGGAUCAGGUCAGCCAGACCAUCUCCCUGACACGGCCCUUCCACAAUGGGGUCAAGUGCCUCGUGCCAGAAGUCACCUUCAGGGCAGGUGACAUUACUGAGCUGAAAAUCCUGGAGAUCCCAGGGCCAGGGGACAACAGACAAUGUGGGGAUCUGCCCCAGACAGAGAUGGGCAUCCCUGGUGUUGGGUGCCAAGUGGGUCCCAGUCAGAAUGGCACUGGGAAAGCGUUAAAGAAACCCAUGUCCAGCAGUGCCCCACAGAACAUCCCGAAGAGAACAGACACCAAGAACCAGGAUAUUAUCAUCUCUCCACAGCAGCAGUGCUCCAAGAGCUACAUGGAUCGGCAUGUGGAAACGCUCACUCAGUCCAAAGGCUUCCGCCGUAGACACAAUUCCUGGUCAUCCAGCAGCCGUCACCCGAACCAAGUGACGCCGAAGAAGAGCGGCCUGAAAAACGGGCAGAUGAAGAGCAAAGAUGACGAGUGCUUUGGGGAUGACAUUGAUGAGAUCCCAGACACUGAUUUUGAUUUUGAAGGCAACCUGGCCCUUUUUGACAAGGCAGCUGUGUUUGAAGAGAUUGAAACGUAUGAGAGGAGGAGCGGCACCCGGUCCCGGGGGACCCCCAACGAGAAACCAGCUCGCUACCGGCACGAUGAGAACAUCUUGGAGUCAGAGCCCAUAGUCUACAGAAGGAUUGUUGUACCCCAGAAUGCUAACAAAGAGUUCUGCACGGACUCCGGGUUGGUGGUUCCAAGCGUGUCCUACGAGCUCCACAAGAAGCUGCUCUCGGUGGCUGAGAAGCACGGGCUGACCCUGGAGCGGAGGCUGGAGAUGACGGGGGUGUGCGCCAGCCAGAUGGCCCUCAGCCUCCUCGGGGGACCCAACAGGCUGAACCCGAAGAACGUGCACCAGCGGCCCACGGUAGCUCUGCUGUGCGGGCCCCACGUGAAGGGGGCACAAGGCAUCAGCUGCGGCCGGCACCUCUCCAACCACGACGUCCACGUCAUCCUUUUCCUCCCCAACUUCGUCAAGAUGCUGGAAUCCAUCACCAACGAGUUGAACCUCUUCAGCAAGACACAAGGCCAGCAAGUGUCCAGCGUCAAAGAUCUCCCCGACAGCCCCGUUGACCUGGUGAUCAACUGCCUGGAUUGUCACGAAAAUGCCUUUCUGAGAGAUCAGCCUUGGUACAAGGCAGUGGUGGACUGGGCCAACCAGAACCGGGCCCCUGUCCUCAGCAUAGACCCCCCCAUCAGCGAAAUGGAGCAGGGCAUCGACGCCAAGUGGUCGCUGGCCCUGGGGCUGCCGCUGCCGCUGGGCGAGAGGGCCGGGCGCGUGUACCUCUGUGACAUUGGCAUUCCCCAGAAGGUCUUUCAGGAGGUGGGCAUCAACUACCACUCCCCCUUCGGCUGCAAGUUUGUCAUCCCCCUGCAUUCCACUUAGAGGCAGCCGCGGGGCUCCGAAGGGAGAGAAGAGGAGGAGGUGUGUCAAGAAGCUGUGCAGCGGAUCCUGACUGGUAAAACUCGUGUGACGCCUUAAGGAUGAGAAGUUCUGGAGAGGUUCUUUUUUUUUUUCGGUCCUUCCAGAAGAAAUAUUGUGUAUUUAACAAAAAAACAAACAAAAAAC